GUGGAUCGCUUCGGGCCCGGCCUGCAGCACUUCCUGGGCUCCUGCGAGCGGGACUGCGCUCUGCCCAGGAAUUUCUUGCGCAGUGUCCUGUUGGCCGGUGGCUCCGAGAGUCCUUACGCCAAAGCCAUGAGGGGACAGAUCACCCUGUCCCAGCUUUUUUCGGAGAUGGAAGAGGGCUGCAGGCAACAGGCCUCCACCGCCGGCGUCGUCCUGCCGCCCACCUUCUCCGUCGCCCGGGCCUUCGAGGAGAUGGCGGCCAAGGGGACGGUCAAUGCCCCCCUUCUGCGGGCAGCCAGGGUGCUGCGGAGGAACGGGUUUAAGACCGGUGUCCUCACCAACAACUGGGUGGACGACAGUGGUGGGCGGCUCUUCACGGCCACGCUGAUGACCCUGCUGCGCCGUCACUUCGACCUGGUGAUCGAGUCCUGCCGGCUCGGGGCGCAGAAGCCGGACCCCGAGAUCUACGUCUACGCCCUGGAUGCACUCAAGGCAAAGCCGCAGGAGGUCAUCCUCCUGGAUGACAUCGGGGAGAACUUGAAGCCGGCCCGGGAGAUGGGCAUGGCCACCAUCCUCGUCAGGGACACUGAAACCGUCCUGAAGGAGCUGGAGGAGCUCUCGGGUGUCCAGCUUCUCACCCAAGAAGAACCACUCCCAACCACGUGUGAUCCAUCCAACGUGACCCAUGGAUACGUGCCCAUCAGGCCUGGUGUCCAGCUGCACUUCGUGGAGAUGGGCCAUGGCCCCGUCGUCUGCCUCUGCCACGGCUUCCCUGAGUCCUGGCUCUCCUGGCGCUACCAGAUCCCAGCUCUGGCUGAUGCUGGCUUCAGGGUGAUCGCUCUGGAGAUGAAGGGCUAUGGGGAGUCCACAGCCCCACCAGACAUAGAAGAAUAUUCCCAGGAGCAGAUCUGCAAGGACCUGGUGGUUUUCCUGGACAAACUGGGCAUCCCGCAGACGGUGCUGGUGGGUCACGACUGGGGUGGUGCUGUGGUCUGGAACAUGGCCCUCUUCUACCCCGAGAGGGUGAGAGCCGUGGCCUCGCUGAACACCCCGUACCGCCCUGCCGACCCCACCGUGGACAUCGUGGAGAAGAUGAAGUCCUACCCCACCUUUGAUUACCAGUUCUACUUCCAGGAGCCAGGUGUCGCGGAAGCGGAGCUGGAGAAGGACAUCGGCCGGACCCUGAAGGUCCUGAUCCGCUCCACGCGCCGGGAGGACCGCCUGCCCUCCGCCCCCAGCAUCCACGGGGUCCAGGAGCGAGGGGGGCUGCUGGUGGGCUUCCCGGAAAACCCCCCCGCCAGCCAGAUCCCCUCUCCCAGUGGCCCCUUGAACUGGUACCGCAACAUGCGACCCAACUGGCGCUGGGCACUCUCAGCCAAGGACAGGAAGAUCCCACAGCUGCGCCGGGAGCACCUGGAGGAGUGUGGGCACUGGACACAGAUGGAGAGGCCGGCGGAGCUGAACAGGAUCCUGGUGGGGUGGCUGGAGGGGCUCCCCCCAGACCCCCCCCUGCCCAAAAUCUCCAGGCUGUGAGCGAAGCGGUGCCUUCCCUUCUCCCUGGGCUGAUUGUUUUACCUUUAGGGUUUGAUUUUUUACCUUUAGUGCUUGAUUUUUUACCUUUAGGGCUUGAUUUUUGCCUCCAGGGUUUUAUUUGUAUUUUUUGGGGGGGUUGUGGAUGGAAGCAAUGGGUGAGGAGGGUGGCACAGAGCAUCCCCCCCAGCUUUGUGCAGCUAAAAGGGUCCUGGUGAGCUCCUGGGGGGGAGAGUCCCAGGAGAUUUGGGGCUGGACCCAUCCUCAUACCACGUUGCCCCAACCUUGAGGGGGCUUCCCUCGUUUGGGGGUUUGGCUAGUGGGUCCUGGAGGGUGGCCACUUGCGCCGGGUGGUUGGUUUGGGUGUUGUGUGGAGGUUUUAAUGCACUACUAAUAAUUAAUGCUGCCUCAGAAAUUGCCUUCUAACGUGGAGAAAUAAAGCACAGAAGUGACCCGA